UAAAGCCAAGUCAAACUGGAAAGGCAUGCAAGCAAAUACACAGACAAACCUGUGUUUCUCCCCAACUCAUGAUGGUAGAAAGAGAAAUCCAAAAUCCAGCUCAAAAUUAAAGGAAUUGUCAUUGAUUUGUGAAGAAGAUUCUGAAUUAUCUGCAACUGAUAAACCAGUUCCUGGUGGUCAAAGGCAUUUAUCACAAUUUAAAAAAAUUGCACAACAAAAAAAUUUAAAGGAAAAGAGAGGAAUUGAGCCUUUUUGGAACAGAAGUCCUAGUCUUCAAAGGUGGAAGAAAUUUACCCAAAGUAGUUCCAGACAUGCAACAUGUUCUGAACCCACAGAAAUUAGUUCGGAAUUUUCCUUACCAUCUGAAGCUUUCCCCUCCCCUUUGCCUUCAGUAGAUUCAGAUCUGCUUGUCGACUCAUCUUCAUUCGCAAGAACGGAUAGUUGUUCUUCUAUAGAAUUAUUCCGAGAGGCAGAGGACCAUACUUCUCCUGUGCAACUGGAAGAUGUUGGCUGGUUCUAUUGCAAAAAUUCUACUCUUCUGGACAGUAGUAAAGCAGCAAACAUUGACGUAAUACCUCAGCCUUCAAAUCUCUCAGAAAUUUUAGAGCAUACUGGAAAUAUUACAAGAGAAAGAAGCCUCAAAAACCAUGUGACAGAUGGAACUGAGGAGUGUGGAAGUUCUCAAUGUGUUUCGGUUGCAGUUGCAGGUAAAACCAUCACUAAGUUGCGGCCAGGCAUUGAACAGAAAAGGAUGCAUGCAAUCUCCGUUCCAUCAAAGCAGAAAAACAUAAGACAGAAACACCAAGAUGAAGUGCCACUUUGCAGCAUUAUCCUAGCUCCUGUGUGUUACCGACCAGCUAAAGUGUGGCAGUAUGAGCAGUUGCAACCUUGCACAACAUUUGAAAAUGCACCUCUAGACAUUAUUAUUACCUCACCUAUAUGAUUGUGCCUGUUCGGGAUUUUGAAAAUGCUCUAUUGUAUCUGUCAAACUUUUUUUUUUCCUGAAAUUGUCCAGUAAAUGCUUUAUUUAACCAGAGAAUGGAAAAAAAGUUCUAAUAAGUGCUUAACUUAUGUAUGGAAUAAAAUUAUCUAGUAAAUGUUUAUUUAUGGAAAGGAGUUGUCUAAUCUUUAACUUGCACAUGGAAGAUUUAAAAAAAAAUCUUGCAUCAAUA